AUGACUUACAACAUCGAUUUCACGUACUAUGUGAUGUGGGUGCACCAAGCUAUCGCUCUGCGCCUAGUGGGCUUAGCAUUUGAAAUCACCCUCGCAGAGAAAACUAGACGACAGCCCCCUACUGCGAAAGGCGCACAGGCUUCGAAAGCUAUCAAACUUUCAAAAGAACCAGAUGUAAAUUCAGAUGUCGCAUCUAAAGGUUCAAAUCACCGACUCAAUGAUUUACCCUUAAUGACUGAUCCCACCGCUAUAGACAUAAUUUCUUAUGCGUAUUACUUUAUCGGAUUGCAUAAAGAUUAUCGCUACCUGUACAACAUCCCCCAAAUGUUGGCAUACGUCCUUCAGUACCAAGUAGUGAUUUUGUUAUGUACUAGCGUGUAUACGGAGGCCGGGUUUGGAGUGUACCCUACAAAGACUCAACCUCUGCCGGGACAUGGGCCCUCGGCUAGGUACAGCUUGUUGCAGCUCGCAACUGUAAAAGAACAAGUGGCUUUAGAACAAGAAUACAAUUUUGCCAUGCUAAGGUCUUUUGAAAACGAGAAGUUGUUGAUCGGACCUCGAAUGAGAGACACUUUAAGAUGUUGGGACAUGUCCACUCGAUACUGGUUCUGGGCACACACAUACAAAGGCAUUUCCAAAGCGAAUAAGGAAGUGAGAAGCGCGCUGUCAUUCCUGGCGUGGACGGUCUGGUGUGGGCCCACACUUCAGCAACUGAUAAUAUCCAGCACUCUAUGGGUACACCUCCAUUUAGAGAAUGAAUAUGAUGAUUUGUAUGAUACGCAUGUGCUGUUAAAGAUCCCAUGGGACAUUGGGUUCUCGAUAAUGCGACUGUUCUGCUUGGCCUACUUGACUCCCUGCCUUAUCCUGAGAGACUCGACCGUGAUACUGCGCUACUACAACUCAAUAUAUUGGGUGUACCACGUAGUCCUCUUCUUUUUGAUUCUAGGAGCUGUAGUUGUGCAUAAAGAACGAUUCAUGUCCCGACAUGCUACCGUUGUCGUCUAA